AUGCUUUUACUCAAGCUCCUUCUUUCUUCUGCAGCAUUUGCUACUGCUCUUCCCACUCCUGACGACUCCGAGAGCAAUCAUUCCCAGCCUUUUUCUUGGGAGGGACUUGCACCUUGGAAUGCCGGCGCUGUGAACCAAUUCCCCAUUCACUCAAGCUGUAAUGCAACACAGCGUCGCCAGAUUGAACUAGGUCUCAAUGAGACCAUUACUCUUGCUGAACACGCCAAAGACCACAUUUUGAGAUGGAGAAACGAGAGUGAGAUCUACCGGAAGUAUUUCGGUGAUCGUCCCUCCAUGGAAGCAAUCGGCGCAUUCGAUAUCGUCGUCAACGGCGACAAGAAAGACAUCUUGUUCCGAUGUGACAACCCGGAUGGGAACUGCGAGAUUGAAGGUUAUGCCGGACACUGGCGGGGCGAAAAUGCUACGGACGAGACAGUCAUCUGCAACUUGAGCUACCAAACCCGUCGCUCUCUCUCAACAAUGUGCAGCCUAGGAUACACAGUCUCAGAGUCAGAGACAAAUACCUUCUGGGCUGCGGAUCUUCUGCACCGCUUGUACCACGUUCCCGCAAUUGGACAGAACUGGAUCGACCAUUUUGCAGACGGUUAUGAAGAAGUCAUCGACCAGGCGAAGAAAAACGCAACACUGUCAACACACGAUUCGGAGACCCUUCAGUACUUUGCGUUGGAGGUGUACGCAUACGACAUUGCCGUCCCGGGGACUGGGUGUUCGGGUGUCCAGAAUGAGCAUUCCCAUGACCAUGCUGAUCAUACAACAUCCGAGGCUACGAAUAUUCAGCCGACUCCUACGGCAACCAGUAGCGAUGCUCCUUCGACGACUUCCGAAGUACCUGCCAACUGCCAUACGCACGACGGAGGCGAGCUUCACUGCACUUGA